UGGGUGAAGAUGGCUUGUGCUGCCGCUCGGUCCCCGCCCCCCCCCCCCACCCCGGCCGAUCAGGACAGGUUCAUUUGUAUCUAUCCUGCUUAUUUAAAUAACAAGAAGACCAUCGCAGAGGGGAGGCGAAUCCCCAUAAGUAAAGCUGUUGAAAAUCCUACAGCUACUGAGAUUCAAGAUGUGUGCUCAGCAGUUGGACUUAAUGUAUUCCUUGAGAAAAAUAAAAUGUACUCUAGAGAGUGGAAUCGUGAUGUUCAGUACAGGGGCAGAGUCCGGUUCCAGCUCAAACAGGAAGAUGGCAGCCUCUGUCUCGUACAGUUCCCAUCACGUAAGUCAGUAAUGUUGUAUGUAGCAGAAAUGAUACCCAAACUAAAACCAAGGACACAAAAAACAGGAGGUGGUGACCAAAGUCUUCAGCAAGGAGAGGGAAGUAAAAAAGGGAAAGGAAAGAAGAAGAAGUGACCAGAUGUGAGAGUCAAUCAAGUCUGGUACUACUGUGAUAGACAGUGAAUGAAGGCUUCUAAUUUAUAUCUCAGAGAAACGGAAGCUUAUUAUUUGCAUCAUU